UAGCGCUCUAAAGCUGUCCACUCCUGUCUAUAAAUACUAUUCCCUCGGUUGUUUUUCUACAUGGAGGUUGUCGCGUUUUGAUUGGCCGUUUGGAAGACGGUGGCUCUUAUUGGUCCAAUCUAGUGUCAGUUUUAGGACAUUUUGAAGUACUUGUUUAGAAGUCUUACUACAUUCCGGUUGAGCGGUGCUUAAGAAAUAAUGCGUGUGCCGCCCGCGCGGGAGGUUUAGGUUCCGUUCUGUAAUCAAACACAAAACAGCCCGGUAAUGUGUCAAGUGCCACUGUCUUAGUUUCACUCCUUUUAAAAUUUACGAUUAAUUUCACCCUCCAGCAGCACGAAGAUGGGACUGAAGUGGAUUCACAGAAACCUGCUGCAGGCUGCUUGGCUGUGGAGUCUGCUGGCUGGUCAGGUGAACAGCUGUCCAGAUAGCUGCAGUUUGUGUUCAGGGCCAGAAAAUAACCAGUGUGAGGAAUGCAGAGCUGGUUGGUCACUCCAUAAUAAGAUCUGUGUAGACAUUGAUGAGUGUGGCACUGAGCUGGGUAACUGUCCUCCAAAUAGUUACUGCUUUAAUACAGAAGGAUCCUUUGAGUGCAGAGGUUGUGACCUGGCCUGUGUGGGCUGCAUGGGUAGCGGACCAGCACGCUGCAGGAAAUGUGCUUCUGGGUACAGACUGACAGGGUCCAAGUGUUUGGAUAUAGAUGAAUGUAGUGACCGGGUGCUUGCCUGUCACGGUCUGGAUGAGAUUUGUAGCAACACAGAAGGCGCUUUCCGUUGUGACUGUGCUCAAGGAUUCAUCCGCAGGGACGGUGUUUGUGUGAAGAAGCAGCUGCCUAAUGUUGAGGAAAAAGGUCUGUUUGAGGACAUCCAGGAUGAUGAAGUGGAGGUACUGCAGCAGAUGUUUUUUGGGGGGGUGCUUUGUGCUCUGGCAACACUUGCAGCAAAGGGAGAUUUGGUCUACACAUCUGUAUUUAUGGGAGCACUGGCAGCCAUGGCGGGUUACUGGCUUUCUGACAGAGGAGACCGCAUGUUAGACAGCUUCAUAAAGGGACACUAAA